CCACAAUGAAUCCUCCCAAUUCCCCUAGAAAGUUGGCUGCCAGGCAGAGCUACCGCUCGCGCUCUCCGUGGUGCUGAGCGCGCCAGGGACCGAGCCCAGAGCCAGGGGAGCUGUCUGUGGUGCUGAACGCGCUCCGGAGCGAGACGGGGCUCUGUGCUGAUCCGAAUCGCCGCCCCACGGAGCCUGAAGUCCCAGUCUACUCUACACUGCCGCUCUGGGCGAGCUGCGCCGGAACAGGCAGGUGCCUAAGGAUUAGCUCACAGUAAUGAAACGCUAGCGCUGUUUUUAUCCGAAGGCUUGCAACUCAGCCAGCAGGGUCUCUCAAGCUGGUGUGUGCUAGGCAGUGGGAACUUUUUAUUUUUAUUUUUGACUUCUAUUAUUGCAAGGUAAACCAAAAGAAUCCCCCAUCUCAAAAUCUACAGUGCAGGGAAACACUCCGCCUGAAACCAGGAUUUAUUUUCAACUCCGGGACUUUCUUCUCUUAACAAACAGGGUUCUUUCCCCUCCCAAACCAAGCAUGGCACUGCCUCCACCUUCCGCCGCUGGAUCCUGCACAUCCAAAAAGACUUUCUAAUCGUGUCUCCCAACUCUGCUCUGUUAGGAAAUCCGUGGGCUGCAUGCGCGCUCCCUCUCGCACACACACGCCGUCUCUCUCUCUCUCUCUCUCUCACACACACACACACACACACACCCCCUCUCUCCCACUCUCCCUUCAUCAGAAGACGCACCAAUAGCUAUUUCAUGAGUGAAAAAAGUUAGAGAUUAAACCAAUAUGAGAGAUCAUCACUGUUUAUAGCGGUGCCUUAUUCAAAACAGAGCAGAACCCAGUGACAACCUCUGCAGGAAUGGAGUCGGUAAAACAAAGGAUUUUGACCCCCGGCAAGGAGGGGCUGAAGAAUUUUGCGGGGAAAUCGCUUGGCCACAUCUACAGAGUCCUAGAGAAGAAACAGAAGCCUGGGGACAAUAUCGAGCUCACGGAAGAUGGGAAACCUCUGGACAUGCCCGAGAAGAAAGCCCCUCUCUGCGACUGCACCUGUUUUGGGCUGCCCCGAAGAUAUAUCAUUGCCAUCAUGAGCGGACUGGGAUUCUGCAUUUCCUUUGGAAUCCGUUGUAACUUGGGAGUAGCCAUCGUGGACAUGGUCAACAACAGCACCAUACACCGAGGAGGAAAAAUUAUUAAAGAGAAAGCGAAGUUUAAUUGGGAUCCCGAGACAGUUGGCAUGAUCCACGGCUCUUUUUUCUGGGGAUAUAUCAUCACUCAAAUCCCUGGGGGAUAUAUCGCAUCCAGACUGGCAGCUAACAGGGUAUUUGGUGCUGCUAUAUUGCUGACCUCCACCCUUAAUAUGCUAAUACCAUCUGCAGCAAAGGUGCAUUUUGGGUGUGUCAUCUUUGUUAGGAUCUUGCAGGGCCUUGUAGAGGGUGUCACUUACCCUGCCUGCCAUGGGAUAUGGAGCAAAUGGGCCCCUCCUUUAGAAAGAAGUAGGCUAGCAACCACUUCCUUUUGUGGUUCCUAUGCAGGAGCUGUCAUUGCAAUGCCUUUAGCUGGGAUUCUUGUGCAAUAUACUGGGUGGCCUUCUGUGUUUUAUGUGUAUGGGAGCUUUGGGAUGGUCUGGUACAUGUUCUGGCUUUUGGUGUCAUAUGAGAGUCCUGCAAAGCACCCCACAAUCACUGAAGAAGAACGGAGAUACAUAGAAGAAAGCAUCGGGGAGAGUGCCAACCUCUUAGGUGCAAUGGAAAAAUUCAAGACUCCAUGGAGAAAAUUUUUUACAUCUAUGCCUGUCUAUGCAAUUAUUGUUGCAAACUUUUGCAGAAGCUGGACUUUUUAUUUGCUGCUUAUUAGCCAGCCUGCUUACUUUGAAGAGGUGUUUGGGUUUGAAAUAAGCAAGGUGGGUAUUUUAUCUGCUGUGCCGCAUUUAGUGAUGACAAUUAUUGUGCCUAUUGGGGGACAAAUUGCAGACUUUUUAAGAAGCAGACAAAUUCUUUCAACUACUACUGUGAGAAAGAUAAUGAACUGUGGAGGUUUUGGCAUGGAGGCAACUCUUCUUCUGGUAGUGGGAUAUUCUCACAGUAAAGGAGUGGCUAUUUCAUUCUUAGUGCUUGCUGUGGGCUUCAGUGGAUUUGCCAUAUCUGGAUUCAAUGUCAACCAUUUAGACAUUGCCCCAAGGUAUGCCAGCAUCUUAAUGGGAAUUUCUAAUGGAGUUGGGACUUUGUCUGGAAUGGUUUGUCCUAUAAUAGUUGGAGCCAUGACAAAAAACAAGACACGAGAAGAGUGGCAGUAUGUCUUCCUUAUUGCUGCUUUAGUCCAUUAUGGAGGUGUUGUAUUCUAUGGUAUAUUUGCUUCAGGAGAGAAACAACCUUGGGCAGACCCUGAACAGACAAGUGAAGAGAAGUGUGGUUUUAUUCAUGAAGAUGAACUUGAUGAAGAGACAGGGGACAUUACACAGAAUUAUGUAAAUUAUGGUACCACUAAGUCUUAUGGUGCUACGACCCAGGUCAAUGGUGGCUGGCCUAAUGGUUGGGAGAAGAAAGAAGAAUUUGUACAACAGGAAGUACAAGACUCAUACAGCUAUAAGGAAGGAGAAGAUUAUUCAUAACAAACCUAAAUAUUGGAUAUAUUUUGUAGUGUUUGUGAUUAAAUUCAUUGUGAUUGUUUGCACACAAAAAUGUGGUAUAAAUGUAAACACAUAUCAGUCAAGAAGGUCUUACUGUAAAAACAAAAACAAGUUUCCAUUAAAGUGCAAUCUGUAUGAGUUGUGACAUGCCAUCACCUCCAUUCAGGUGUAUCCAUUCUAUAAACAUUAGAGUUUUAAAGGUUUACUGGUCAAAACUAUAGAGGCAAUUAGAUACUUGCAGUAUACAUGAGCUAAACUCAUAACUAAGGAUUAAAGCACAACUAACCAACCAAGUUGGCACAUCUAAUCCUGUUUAGAAAGCCAAAACUACUUUAUCAUUAAAAAAUGCACUUAUAUAUUUGUUACACUGUAUUGAAAGAGAUCUUAAAUAAUUGUGUUAAGUAUACAAGUUUACUCAGUACGAUAUAGGAACUGUGUGUUUGGUCUGAGACGAGGACUUUCUUGAAAAAUAAAGGGUCAGUCCUUGGCACGUAUAGGGAAUCAAUCCAGUUUCCAUCAAUGGAAACUGAAUCAGGCCCUAAAAGAACAAAAUAGGGCAUAUUAUAUGUUUAUUGUGAUUAUAUGCUGCAGGCUACUCUGCGAUAAAUAAAGGAAUUAUUUAGGAGUUUUUUAUUGAAUGUUUGGGCACAAAUUCUUAUUUCUGUUCUUUACAGAAUCUACUGAAGUUUCUGAAUCUUCUGAAGAAUCUUUUGUUCUGUGUCAUGUUCUUCCUUACACUUACCAACCAGUAUAAAAUAAUAUCUAAUUUGAAAUCUAACUUUUCAAGCAGGCAGGAAAUUACCUUUUGUGGGAAACAAGCAUUGAUAUUCUUUUAUUUACAAAAAAUGACAACUUUAUACUGGUUGCAGAUCUAUUUAGAAGAGAAACAUUUAACCUAGGAAAAAGAUAUAUCCCCACGCAAAAUCCAAAGAGCAAUUUACUAUGAGCAAGUAGCCCUAUAUACAAUGUAUGUAUUUGUUCUGCAAAAUAUUUUGAAGUAACUGAAAGAAACAGAGAAUAAUUUAAGCAUCUUUCUUCCCUUGAGAGUUUUCAUAUUUUAUGACACAUUGUGCCACAGUUGUAUAAAUAGAUGUUUAUUAAAGAUAUUGUAAUUAUAGAAAAUGUCACUAUUUUACAAAUCCCUUAAUUAAAAAAAAAUGUAUUUGUCUUUCAGAUAAAUAGAAUUAUAAUGGACACUGAAUAUGAGUAACAAAACUCACUAUAAACCAAAGUGGCAAAUAAUUAGUGUUGGGUUUAAGGAAGCCAUCAAGCAUUGCGCUUGCCAUUCCUUGCAUAACUCAACAAGAAUUGCAACAUUAGUGUACCAAGCAAUAAGUGCAAUGCAUUAUAAAGUGCAUAAUCUUUUAAGUCUAUAUAUUACCUUCAUUUAGCUUGUUGUAGAUAUUUGGGGUUGUUGGGAUUAAACUGAACCAAACCAAACUGAGGUUAGCAACACCAGGCCACUUCUUAAUGCUCUAAAAUGACAAUAAUGAUCCAUUUCCUAAUUCAAAUUAAAUAAUUUACAUUGUAUGUAACAAUCCAUUCUGGAUUUUUGAUCUGUUCAUUGUAUUGUGCUAGUGAUUGGAGGCCCUGCUACCGCAAUAUACAACUUGAGGAUUGUUUCUUCUUUCUUCUAAAUGCAAAUCAGACCUUGACCUUAAGGGAAAAUAUUUUGCUUUGUGCCUCAAAGUGAUGUAAAAUGUGACCAUAGCUUUUGCUCUGUUUAAUGAAAAGAUGUGGACUGUGUCACUUUUGUUGCUGCAAAAAGUGUUAAUAAA